UUUUGCGGGCUGUUUGAUAUGUCCGUGUCAAUUUUUUUAAAUAGGUACGAAUUGUUUUAAGCAUUUGUACAUUAUUUAUAAAUGUCAAGUUCAACUUCUCAAAGUAGACGAGAUUUUCAAGUUGUGGAAGAUAUUUCAAGUCCGAGAGAACAAUUGCCACUUCGGAAAGUUGUGAAACAGAAAGUUUGGACUGAAGAUGAAGUGCCUCCCUCCCAGAGUCCGAGAAGGGACAUGACCGCAGGCAGCUCUGACGAAGUGGAUACCUCUCUAGCGGAGUCGAGCAGCGGCAGACAUCGGUCGCGCGACAGGGAGCCGGGUUCCUCCGCAGCCGUGCUCCAAGCACGCGGGGCCGGCGGCCGUGCUGCCGUGUCCUCGGCAGGAGGCUCGCCUCUGGGGACAGUGCCCAGGCUCAGCACAGUGGAUGAGAAUACAAGGAGUCGGAGCACACCCUCACAUGGCUCUGUGAAGAGUGGUGCCACCGGAGAGUGGCUUCCGAGGGACAGCUCGCAGCGCCAAGCCAGGGAGACUCUGAGCGUGGGCAGCUGCCCCUGGUCGGGGGAGGAGUCGUCUCCCGACCGCAGCCGCAGCGUGACGUCGCAGUCCGACACCCGCUCCUACCGCGACCGGCUGCGAGAGAGGUUCCACGCGGUCAAGGAGCAAGUUGGCAGUUCUCUUGUAGAUACACAAAAUAGAUCUCGCAUGCGACGCAGAAGGGUUGUUCAAUCCACAACACCACACAUAGAUGAGCAGCUGAAGAGGGAAGAGGAGGAGGUCGUGGCAGCCCUGGAGAAACACGAGCGUGUGCGAACCAAGUGGCAGGAUGCAGCACUACAGGUUUCAUCGUCACAGGGCCCCAGCGAUGUGGCUGUGUUGGACUUCUUCACACAAGUGUGGCAGGACGAGCAGCAGCUGGCGCCCACUUCAAGUCCCAAGUCUCACACAGGGGAUGGCGAGGGGCAGGGGGAGCGGGAGAAGCUCCUGGCCAGCGAGGUGCUGGGUCUCGGGAGCGACUGGCAGCUGCUGUGGCACGCAUCUCCCGAGUGCACGGACCGGGCGGAGCAGGUCGCCAGGGAGCAGGACCUCCUCUUCUGCCCCGGCUCGGGCCCCGUGUCGCUGGAGCAGAAGCUGCCUCCGGGCCGAGAGCCGCGCUACCUGGAGGAUGAGGGACUGUACGUGGGCGCCCGGCCGCCCGUCGCCCGCCGCAACGCCUGCCGGCUGGAGCGCCGCCUCGUCUCCGAGGGCAGCACGAAGUGGUUUGGUGAUGAUGGUGAAGUAGUCACUCUUCCUGACCCUAGACAACGCAUCCCGUGCAACACUGCCAUGUUCAGAGAACUUCACUGCAACCAGGAGGUUGAGUACAAACCAGCGGAGGUGCGGUGCCCGGGCCGCGGUGCAGUCCUGCCGCCCGACGGCCUGUACCUGCUGGAGCUGGAGCUGGGCGGGGUGGAGUUCAGCCACCACCCGCUCUUCAGCCGCGAGCACGUGCUGAGCCGCCGGCUGGAGGAGCAGUGCCGCCACCACGCCCGGCGGGUCGCCCUGGGGCAGGAGCGGCGGCUGGCCGGCAAGUUGGCGGCCCUGCGCCAGGCCCGCGACAGCCUCCGGGCCCUCCCGGACCUGCUGCCGGAGCAGGCUGCCCGACUCGCCAGGUACCGGGAGGAGGUGCGGGAGACGCGCCGGCUGUGGCAGCAGGAGGGGUGCCGGGACCGGCAGCUGCUGGCGGGGAUCCUGUGCCUGUGGCGGGACCUGAAGAGACUUCGGGAGGCGCAGGGCUACUCUGUCACCCCUGCUCGCCUGCACAUCCGGCAGGAGCAGGGCGGGGACCCGCGGGAGCAGCAGGCGGCGUGGGACGAGGCCGUCCGGCGGGAGACGGAGGAGCUGCUGGAGGAGCGCAAGGCAUGCAAGAGGCAGCAGGAGGCUGCACAGGAAAGGACGGAGGACUCGCGAGCCGAUGAAGCGUCGGAGGACGAAGAGGUGGAAGAGUCUGGGGAGCUGGACGUCGUGGGGAUGGCUGCUGGUGUGGAGGAACGGCUGAAAGAGUGCAUGCGUCCCCCAGGAGAGCCCCUGCUACAUCUGGAGCUGACUCACAGCCUCCCUGUGGACCAGAACCCUGCACCAAACAAUGAAAGAGCCAGAAGAGCCGCCGUGAGGCAUCGGAAGCUGUACGUCAAGAUCUUCUUCAACGACAGUGUGGUGUGUGAGUCCAGCCGCCACCCACUGAACGACACGUUUGCCGUGACUUUCGGGGAGGUGUUCCCUAUCUGCAUCAUCCAGCUACCAGAAUGCCUGAAGAUCGAGCUGCACGAAGAGGAGAGCACUUUUAAAAGACAUUUGAUUGCAGAAGUAUACGUGCCCUUUCCUUCCAGCUCGACGACGCUGCAGAACUGCAAGGCCAUGCGGCUGGAGUUCAGCAGCACCCAGGUGGUGGUGCCGAGCCACUCUGGGGUCGGCAGCGGCUUGUACUUCAGCCCGUUCCCUGGAGGCAGCAGCCUGGGACGCGAGUGCCUCCACACGUCCGGGUACGUGUCGUGCAGAGCGGGCUGGGGCGUCGACAGCAGCGAGGGCAACAUCCUCGCAGUGCCCGACAAGUAUCUCACGCACACCAGGGACAAUGGCAGUGCAGACAUAAUGGCUCUGCUUCACACAGAUGGUCCUGUCGCAGUGACCAAGCUGAGGCAGUGGGUAGAGAAGUCCCACUUGGAUCCAAAUGACCCAAGCAAUGCUUCUUUCUUCAAUAUUAUCAAGAAAGCAGUGGCAGCGGUGCCGAAGGAGCCGGAGUACUUCCGGCUGGACCCCGUGCAGUCGCAGUUCGACUUCUGCUCGGGGAAGCACCUGGACGACAACCCUCGCCUUCGACUGCUCCGGCUGCGAGACAAAGGCGAGCCGGAGUUCAGGGGCGUGUGUGCGGUCCCGUUGAACGAGAAGGAGAUUCCCAUGGAAGUGUUCUCUGUGUGCGAGAAGCGACAGAGCGGUGCGGGAGAGCCGGCGGACCCCGCGAUGGAGCCCCUGGACGCACAUCGUGCCUACGGCCGCAGGUUCCUGCUGGAGGUGCGGCAGCGAGUGUUCCGGCAGUGUCGCUUGGCACGGCAGCACCGCGAGCUGCGCGACUUGGUCACGGAGGAUCACGUGCCGGACAUCGGAACGCUGGGCCUGACGCUCAUGAAGUGGCUGCGCCCGAAGCGGCCCUUGCGGCCGGAGAGGCAGGAGCGCAGGGCGGUGGCGGUCCAGAGCCUGGCCGGCGCGGAGGUGAAGAUCAUCGUGAGCGUGGUGCAGGCGUUCCAGGUGCCGGCGAGGAAGGACACGGACACCGUGGGCAGCGUCCUGGGACUCCGCGUCCAGCAGACGCCUGUGGUCCGGCCCUUCGUGGAGGUCACCUUCCAGGAGUCCACUGCCCGCACUGCGACGGCCGAGGGAUGCAGCCCGACCUGGAACGAGGAGCUGCAGAUCCCCGUCAGGGCCGUGGGCGGGGACGGUUCCGCGGCCGGUUGGCAGUCGGUGCGAGACUCCGUCUUCUUCCACCUGUUUGACGAGGUGGUGGUGGACCUGGUGGAAGACGACCGCCUCAGGCCGACCAACGUGCACCAUCGGCUGGAGAGGAGCUGGCUGGGCAGCCUGCGCAUCCCCUUCACCGCGCUCUGCUACAACCCCAGGACAGAGGGCACAUUCAGACUCAAGUGCCCUGCGGUCCUGCUGGGCUACGAAAGAGAGCCACACCGUGGCCAGCCCUUCAGAGGGACGAGCUCGCCGGGAGCAGACACCACGAUGUGGAGUCCUUCCAGGGAUGCAGCCUUCCUCACCCUCUUCAUAACAGUGCAACCCACACUCAACCCGCCCAAGCCAAUCAAGGUUCGGCUGGAGAGCUCGGAGCUGGCCCAUGUGGAGCACCAUCUGGAUGCGUGGGAGCGGGACGUUGCUAAGCUGUUCCCUCACAGGAAGGUGAAGACUACUGUAGUCGACACUAGCGGGAAGACUGUCUGUGUAACACGUUUCAUCAGGCCACUGCCCCCACCAGUCAUACUGGAAGGAGAGGACACCACCGCAGAGAUGGCGGCACGGUUUGUGGCCAUGAUCCCAGUAGUUGCUGGCAGCAUGCUGUUCCCGGGCCUCUUCGACAUCUGGCUCACCUCUAGUCAAGUGUUGCAGCUGCUGACGGGGGACAGCGAGGACCACGCGGUGCUGCUGUGCUGCUACCUGCUGCACGCCGGCCGGCAGGCGUGGGUCCUGCUGGGAGAGGCAGCCCCCCACGGACCGAGUGCCUACGUCCUGACCGUGGAGCCGGCCGGCCGGUACCGCCUGUGGGACCCCGUCACCGCCCACUGCUGCGACGUGGCUGACAGCUUCUGCCCUCUGCGCCGCGUCCACUGCCUCCUCAACGACAAGAACGUGUGGGCCAACACGCAGCGGGAGGACCUGCCGUGCCGCACACGGUACGACACGGGGCGCCGCUCCGACUGGUGGCCAGCGUUCAGUGCGGACGUGCCCGCGCCGUGCAGCAGCGUCCAGCCGCCCGUGCUGGAGUACACGGAGACCUCCGUCGCGGCGUGCCGGCGGCUGAGGGAUCGGCUGGAGAAGCACCUGCGCGACAGCCUGGCGCGCUGGCGGCCGACCACCAGAACGUUGUGGAACCGCUACUGCACGGCCGUUCUUCGCAAGCUGCUGCCAGCUCUAGAGGAAGCUGCAUGGAACAAACGACAGUCGACCAGCCCAGAGCACAUGCAGCAACUGCAGUACAUCCUUGCCUCUCACAAGAUGUGUGGUUUCCCGAUAAACCUGCCGUACGUGGACAUGACUACAGUGACGGAGGCAGUCAAGGCCACGGGUGUCCACUUCAACGAGAGCCCGGACGUGGAGUUCGCUCUGGCAGUACACAUCCACCCGUUCCCCAACAACGUGCUCUCCGUAUGGGUGUACGUCGCUUCGCUUAUCAAGAGGCGGUGAUCUGUCGGCUGUAUCAUUGCUCUGUGCCUGCUCUCUUGUCUUGCAUAACUGUGAGCUGUGGAGGUAUCUUUCAUUUCUAGUCUGUGAGCACCAAAUAUUUUUACAUACAAAUAAAUUUUCACGGAAAAAAACACAAUUGUUUGCUU